CCGCCUGGCGCCCGGCCCGACCCAGGUGCGAGGCAGGAGCAGGAAGCAGGAAGAGCACCCCCUCGGGCUGGGGCCGGGGCGAUGGCUGCAGCCGCCCGCCUGGCCGCGCUCCUGUUGGCCGCCGCGCAGCUGCUUCGGACCGCAGGGUCUCUUGAAAUCUCCAUUCCUUCUAUGGACAACAUCACUAUUACAAUUAAACCCAGGUCUUCUAUUCCACAACCUUGUAGAAUGUGUCUCUCACAUACUUCCUGUGUAACUGAACUCAAGAUAAUGUCUGGGCAAAAAAAACAAUUUCAUUUCAACUGUUUAAUACCAGAAAAAUAUUUUGUCAUGGAAAUCCAGAGGAGUAUAGAUUGCAUAACGGGCUCAUGCCCCUUUGGAGAUGUUCACCUUUCACCAUUGGGGCUUCCUCGUCUUAACAAGACCUUCAUUUGGAAUGUGAAAGCCAGUAAAAAGGUUGGACUGCAGCUGAAAUUCUCUACUCCAUGGUUAAGGCAGAUUGGACCAACAGAGACUUGUCCAGAUUUAGUCACUUACAAUAUCAGUAAUUGCAUUGACACCACCACUGUCAACAUUGGAACCUUUUGCAGAAAUGGCUCAGUGUCUCAGGUCAAGGUGCAGGGAGGAGUUAUCAUGUCUUUACAGAUACCAUGGAAUGCAAGUCUCACCACCUCUGGCUUCAACAUAGCAAACAGAUCUUCCAUAAAAAGAUUGUGCAUUAUUGAAUCUACUUUUAAAGGAGCGUCUUCUGCAACUCUGAUGUCUCCAAACUACCCUCUGGGAUUCCCAGAAGAUGAGCUGAUGACAUGGCAGUUUGUUGUCCCGUCAAACCUCAGAGCAAGUGUUUUCUUCCACAACUAUAGCCUCUCCAACUGUGAAAGAAAAGAGGAAAGGGUGGAGUAUUACUUACCUGGUUCGAUCAGUAACCCAGAGGUGUUUAAACUGAGUGACACGCAGCCCGCCAAUAUUGCUGGUGAUUUCCACCUGUCGCUACAAGGCUGCGAUCAAGAUGCACAAAACCCUGGGAUCCUUCGUUUGCUGUUUCAGGUCAUUGUUCAACAUCCUCAAAAUGAAGAGAAUGUAACCUACUUCAUUGACUUAAGCAAAGAGAGGAAUCUCACUAUGACUAUCCUUCCAAAUGUAAUGCCCAGUGAGGGCCGUUUGGCUUUUGAGCCUGUAUGCUUGAUUUGUAAAGAUCCUAGAACCUGUGACCAUAAUCUGACUUUAACAUCUGGCACUGUACACAGAAUUUCAUUCCUGUGCAAUGACUUGGAGCGUCUGAAGAUCACAGCUGAAAAAACCAUAGCCUGUUGGGAUAUCAGAUUCUGCCAUAAGAAAUGGUAUACCCUCACUGUUCCUAGAUCCAUUGCCCAGCUGCCAAUCCGACUUGAUAAGUUUGUUUGGAAGCUGUUGGCUCCAGAAGAGAUCAAUGUGGAAAUAGUAUCUCCAUCCUUGAAGCUACAGCAACAUGUCUCAGAGCUGAAGUGCAAUGCAAGCUAUAAUUAUGGUAUCGUCAGUACAACUCAGAGGAAGGAGUUAAACCUUGGGGUAUUCUGUCCUGGGGGAGCGAUUGAAAAGAUUCAGAUGAGAGACAAUAUCACCAUCACCCUCAGAACAUAUGGCAAAAGAUUCCUCAAUGAGUCUGUUAAUCAGGAUCUGAAAAUGUCUUUUGUGCCAUUUAUUAAAGAGGAAUGCAUUUUCACUGUGACCCCAGACCCAAAAGAUAAAGUUUACCUACAGACCCCUAACUGGUAUGAUGGUCUACCUCCUCAUGUCACUGUCUCCUGGAAUAUUACGGUCCCCAGAAAGCAAGCUGCCCACCUCGCAUUCUCCAAGGACCGAAUGGGUAUUGCUUGUGAGACAGGGCGUGCCUAUGUCAACAUAAAGGAGCAAAAAUCAAGGGCUGAAGAAAUUGUGCGCCGUGAAGAUGAGCCACUGCCUGAGCCUCUAGACAUGUACCAUCAUUUCUGGGUAAACAUCUCUAACUGUAAACCAGUGGAUAAGAAGCUGUUAAGCCUGCAGUUUAGGGUGACUUUUAUGCAGAGGAAGACAGAUUUGGUGGUGAUAAUUGCUGCAGUGGUGGGGGCAGGACUACUCAUAGCCAUUGGAUUCAUCAUCUGCUGCAUUAGGAAGAAGAAGAAGAAAAACCAGAAUCCUGCAGUGGGGGUGUACAAUGCCAACGUGGGGGUGUACAGUGCCAACGUGGGGGUGUACAAUGCCAACAUCAAUACCCGAAUGCCUCGAAAACAGGCCUUUUUCAAAAAGAGGAGAGAGGAUAACAACUCCCAUGUUUAUGCAGUCAUUGAUGAAGCCAUGGUCUAUGGACACUUGCUGAAGGAAUCCAAGGGAUCAGUUGAUCCAGAAGUAGAUGUGUACCGGCCUUUUGAUGGACCCAUUGGUGAUGUACCACCUACCCCACCUCCAUUCUCUUUCAGGAAAGAGGCUAAGGUGUCUGACACACAGGACCUUCCAUCCUUGACACUGACAGAUGCUGAGAUCUACACUUUUGCACACCAUAAGCCAGAGGACUCCCAGAGUAAUGGAGACACAAAUGCAAAGAGUAAUGGAGAUGUGAGUGUGUCCUUGCUGGAAAGUAAGGAACAGGAAGGGUCUAUGGAAUAAUGUGUGCAAAAACAUGUGACUAGUGUGGAUAUGGGAGAAGAAAACUCUGUGAAAGGAAGUGCUCUCUUGCAUGCUAUAGAGGGAGGAAAAACAGAAGAGGAGACUUUUCAGCAUGUUUUGACAUGGGAUAUAUAUAUUUUAAAACCUCAACUGGUUGUUUUCAAUUUCGAAUGAACGUUUAGCAAACCUAGCAAUAGUGUAUGCUAUUCAUGAAUGUAGGUGCUCCUCUUUUGGAAACAGACAGCAAAGAUACAACUUUUCUUUUCCUGUAAAGCCAUGGAUUAUUAUAAGAGAUGGAUUAUUCAAAUCACAGGAAAUGAUUUUUGCUGAGAAAUGGAACUAGGAAACAAAAAAUGCCUCCUUGAAUGUCCUUGAUGUUGGAAGAUUGUGACCCACACCACUGACUCAAGCAGCUCUGAAUUAUUGGAAUGUUCUUACUGAAAGUUGGCUCGUUUCCCUAAUGCCUAGGAGGGCAUAAUGUAUGGCAUUUUCUUAACCUCUGUCUCCCAAAUUAGCCAAAGCAGCUUAUUCGUAUAAGUAAUUGAAAAGCAGCAUAUGCCACUACCCUGUGGUUUGCCCGUGGACAUUAUUGUGGGUUUCUGCUCUUGCGGUCCAGAACCAGGGGUAUAAUUUUCUCAUCUUCCAGUAAAUGGUAAACCAUUUUGGUAAUAUUGUGUACAUCAACAAUGAAGAUCACCUAUUUGCCUUACUUUUUGCAAAACCAGUAAUUUUUGAGAGCAUAAAAACUCCCAUUCAGAAGUCAAUGGAAUUUUUAUCUUCCUAUCUGUCAUGUUCUUAGUCCUACUACUAACAGAGGAUGCUAUGAAGAAAUAAUCAUGGGGCAAGUCUUCGUGUUUGACUUGCAAGAGUUGUUUACUUUUUUGACUUCCGUAGAUAAAGUGAAAAAAUGUGUUCCACUUAAAACAUGUAGUCAUAUUGGGUGCACAGGUAUAGGUGAACCUGCAGAGAUUAUCUAGAUAUUUAUUACAACUUUAGGUUGGGAUUUUCAAAAGCGUUUAAGUGGCAUAGGAGCAUAGCUCUUGUUAACUUCCAGUGGAACUUGUGUUCAAAAGUCAAUUUAGGUGCUGCUUUUGACAGCCCCACACUACAAAAUUAAUAGAAUUUAAUUUGAAAAACCUUGGUCAGCCUGCACUUUAGUGGGUAUAUAAUUUAAAACCAUAGCCAGAUUUCUAGAAUUAAGGAUUCACAAAACAGGCCUGUAACUGCCUUCUUAAUUUCCAUAUGCAGCUUUCAGAAUUCCAUGCGGGUGUUUUCACAGUCAGAAGUUUACCUAUUAACUUGUAAAAGUGCCUAACUUGUCUACCUAUACAGUUACUUUGGUUACUUGUGCCCUUUUGCACAUGGCUCUGGACUUGACAAUUUUAAGAUCUAGUUUCACAUGUCCACCAUGAGCUAUCACUGGUAUAACAAUAUUAGAAGUAUGACAUAAUUAAUAGAAUAAAUGUUAUAACUUGCUGAUGGUAACUGUCUGCAAUAAGCAAUCAUAAUAGUCUCAGGCUGAAGUCCUGGUCUCAUUGGAUGAGGACUUUAAUUAGACAAAGAUUCCACCAUCUGUUUUAAAUGUUUUUGCAUCCUAACUACCAGUAGCCAUUCAUUCUACUUGAACCAGUAGCACUUUCAUACAAAUGUCACACACAAAAUAAUUUCCCCACAAAAUUGCAAGUAACAGAUUGUGAGAAACGUCAGCUAAGUGUGCCUUUGUUUAUGUACUAAAGAUGUUCUGCUCAUCUUUAGCACUGUCAAUGGAGAAAUGUGCUUGUUUAUAUCCCUCUCUACUUGUAUAUUGAGACACCAGGGUAUUUUAAUGCCAUUUGAAAAUUUCCUCUUUGGUCUUUAAUUCCCAAAAUAGCUAUGGUUAUUUUUGUCAGAUAACUGAAUUUCUACCAUCUUUUUUUUAUCAGUGCAGUUUAAUAAUUCUAUCUCCACCUGGACAACAUUAUUUGAUCUGUCUCCUUUUUUGCCGGGGGGAAAUGUUGAGUGAAUUUUUUUUUUAAUAUAUAAAUAUGCAAAGCCAUAUCAUCACCUGCCUGUAAAUCUUUGCAACUUAUUAGGCAAGAUCCUGUAUUUUGUACUUUGGACAACAAACUGUAAAAUAUGCAGUAUAGGCCAAUUUUUUCUUUCCAGAUUUUUGCCAGUGAGCCAUCUGGUUUUUAUUUAACAUUUUAACUAAAUUUUUGGUACAAAAUUGAUGUUGAAAUGUGUUUAAACUUCUUUCCUAAACUGGGGUUUAUUUAUUUUCACUUAAUUUAUUUUGCUGCAUAUAAAGAAUGGGAAUAAAAACAUGUUAUUACUUGGUAGGUUUACAUUUCAGUUAAAAAUAUAAUAAAGAGAAUUACAUUUUGAGCCUGGAUGAGUUACCAGUGCAUUUUUUUUUCCUUUGCUAAACUUAAUUUGCAAAGUAGCUAGGGUGGAGUUAAAUGAUGAAAACUUCAGAAUGUCUUUGAUCAUUCUUGAAUGAUCAUCUGGGUACUUCAGAACUUGGCAUACAUCUGCAGUUCUGCUAAUUUCUGGCACUAGCUGUCUUCACAUGAGCAAAUCACACAGGAGUGAAUCUGACACUUCAGAGUACACUAACACAGCUAACAGUGCAUAUAAGUUGCACUCAACAGUGGUUUCCUGCAAGAGAAUGGAUGCUGAUUUCUGGGACAAGUUCCCUUUCCCAAGGGGAAAAAAUAUUACAUCAGCUAGCAUGUAAGUCCAGUCUUCAUACUUCAUGUUGGCAAAACUACUGUUGAUGGGAGCAUUCUUUACAGAGACAAGAUAAGAUCUGCUGUGAGUAUUUUUAUAUUUGACAGCCAUAUAGCAAAGAGAGAAUCUCAUAGAAUAAGAGCGUAUUGCUUUGGAACCCUGCUAACUUAUUUGUUGACUGUACAUAUCACAUUUUUCUUUUAUCCUUGUAGCCCUUUAAAUUCCUUUUUUUUUUUUUAAAAUGUGGUUAGAUGUGUGUUCAUAUUCUCUAUUCUUCUGUAUUAUGUUUUUUAAUUUUUAUAUGUGACUGAAGUAAAUGAUCCAUUUUCUUGG